AUGAAGACCGGAAGCAUCCUCGCGGCCCUCGUGGCCUCGGCCAGCGCCCACACCAUCUUCCAGAAGGUGUCCGUCAACGGUGCCGAUCAGGGCCAGCUCAAGGGCAUCCGUGCUCCUGCCAACAACAACCCCGUCACCAACGUCCAGUCCUCCGACAUGGCCUGCAACGCUGUUUCGAUCAAAGACAGCAACGUCCUUACCGUUCCGGCUGGUGCCAAGGUUGGACACUGGUGGGGACACGAGAUCGGCGGUGCUUCUGGCCCCAACGACGCUGACAACCCGAUUGCUGCUUCUCACAAGGGUCCCGUCAUUGUCUACCUCGCCAAGGUCGACAACGCCGCCACCACCGGCACCUCCGGGCUCAAGUGGUUCAAGGUCGCCGAAGCCGGCCUCAGCGGCGGCAAGUGGGCCGUCGAUGACCUGAUCGCCAACAACGGCUGGUCCUACUUCAACAUGCCGACCUGCAUCGCUCCGGGCCAGUACCUCAUGCGUGCCGAGAUCAUCGCGCUGCACAACGCCGGCUCGCCCGCCGGCGCGCAGCUCUACAUCGGCUGCGCCCAGAUCAACGUCACCGGCGGCGGCAGCUCCUCGCCUUCCAGCACCGUCAGCUUCCCCGGUGCCUACUCGGCCUCCGACCCGGGUAUCCUCCUCAACAUCUACGGCAGCAGCGGCAAGACCGACAACGGCGGCAAGCCGUACCAGAUCCCCGGCCCCUCGCUGUUCACUUGCUCCGGCUCCGGCAACGAUGGUGGCUCUGGUGGUUCCAACCCUGCUCCUACUACCAAGGCUAGCACCCCCCAGCCUACUACCAAGGCUAGCACCCCCCAGCCUACCAACGGCGGUGGCUCGGGUACCGGCGCUGCUCUUUAUGGACAGUGCGGUGGUAAGGGCUUUACUGGCCCUACCACUUGCGCUUCAGGCACUUGCAAGUUCCAGAACGAUUGGUAUAGCCAGUGCCUCAAUUAA